AUGAAUAAUUGCAUUCAAUCAAUGAAUGCAGAGUCUUACCGAUUCGACAGGUGGAUGGUCAAGUUUCUCAUUGCUCACGCACUUGCUCUUGAAGACAAGGUGGAUGAUAGCUGGUCAGCUGCCAGCGUGGAUGCAACAAAUGGAGAUGCCCAUCUAGAACGAGGUCGUAUCACUCAAGCCAUGAUUAUGGAUAUACAAAACUACGAUACAGAGACAUGA